AUGUCCACGACUGCUGCGGAUGACAGGUCUGUCCCUCUAUUGCUGACCACUAUUUAUAGCCCUAUUGUCGACAGUAAGGGUUCACUCAAUGGCCACCCGUCUGGCGAUGGAAACGACAAACACAGCACUCAUGAGGACAGACCUACUGUCGGGGAUCCGGACGGUGUGGUUGAGAGUAAUUGCGAUGAAAUGGUCACCACUUUUGAUGACAUGAACCUCAAGGAAGAACUUCUUCGUGGUAUCCAUUCAUACGGUUUUGAGACGCCAUCAGCCAUUGAACAGAGAGCUACCAUUCCCUGCAUUAAUGCAAUACUCCAGGGAAUCGAUACAUCACUUAAUGAAUGUCAGGCCGUAAUACUUACCACCAAACGAAAGGUCGCACUAAAGAUACAGAAACUGGUAUUAGGCUUAAGUCAAUAUAUGACUGUCCGCUGCUAUGUCUGCGCUAAUGGCUCUAACAUACGACAAGUCAACCGUCAACUCCGGGAGGGACUAGUGUCGAUGAUAGGUUUGUAUUGCGUCAACACGUUAGUGUUGGACAGAAUGGACUGGAUGUUAUACCGGGGUUACGACGAUGUCAUACACGAUAUCGCCAUUCAAUUUAAUCCUCAAAUUCAGGUGCGUUUUGAUUGUGUGAUAGUGAUCAUAAUGUUGGCCAAAAUGUUCCCAAAAGUGCUGGAAGUGACCGAAAACUUGAUGAGAGUUGCCAUUCGUAUAGUCAUUAAGAAGGAAGAGCUCCGUAAAGAACUUCGAGAAAAAUUGGCGCAAAAACUCCAGAAAUUAUCACUCAUUUAA